CUGAAAGAGUUACCAAAGUCUUUUAAACAUAAAAUGUAGAGUUUAAUUAGAUAUAGAAGUAUCUCCUUGGAUAACAGCAAGUCAGCAACCUCCAGUGGCAUUAGCCAUUUGGUAUUUGUGGGCUUUAAGUUCCAGCAAAUUUAUACCGACUAUGGACUUUAUGCACAGAAGAUAAAUAGGCUGAUUGGGCCUGAUCAUUGCGCUGGGAUUGACAUCACACAGCUCCUUAUUUACACGUUUUGGCGGCGCGGGUUUUAGGGAUAAAUUUUGGACUAAAAUGUUCUUGACGAAAAUUAAGGAGAGAGCAGUAAAUUUUGAAUACUGAAAAGCCUAUAAAACUUCACUAUUAUAUAUUGGAGGACUUCUCUUCUUUAUUACUCUCUUUUCGAUCUGUUCCAAACCAAAACACCAAAUAUUAGCCACCACCGUCUGAUUUCCGAACCAAGAAGCAGAUUGGUUAAGAUUGAAUGCUAUUAAUUUCACAUUUCUCGAAUCAGAUUACAAUCAUAUUGCUACCCUUGCAAUUAGAUAUCAGAUCGGUAUUAAUACCCAAUGGGCAAUGGGUACGAUUUCACAAAAGUGGAGCCUUUGGACCCCAAGUCAAGUCAAGUAGAAACGAUCUCAAAUUGUCAAUGAAAGUAUCCACUCACAUUGACAAAAAUUAACCAUGCAUGAUUUAUAUUAAAGCAUGAAAUUCUUGGUUGUGUUAAACAAAGGUGGAAACUUAAUUUCCAAGCUUCUCAUUCAAACCAAAAAUCAAUAUACACCGAAUUAUACAGAAUGGAAUCGAGUUUCAAGCUCUCAAGAAAGCCCCUUCCUCCCCAUUUUUCUAAUGUCAACCCUCUUCACAUAUGCUGGUUCCAUGCAAGUGGGCAGAUGAUUCAUAUUCAAAUGAAAGAACUUUCCACCUGAAUAUCAUCUUGUUGUCCCUCGUAUAGUGGCUCAAAACAUAGUAAGAUCUUCAAUGAUUCUUUUAGCUAGCUUGUAACCAUGAGCUUUGCUGAGGUUCUAGGAGAGACCAACACCGGCUGGUUGCUAGAUGAAGCUUUCAUGGCAGCAAUCUCUUCGAGGCGUUUCCACGUGGUUUCCCGUCUCGACUUGAUCUCGUCCUCUCGCGCUUCGUCUUCCUGGAACUUGAGCAAGCAUUCUUCGAAGAGCUCCGGAUCAGCGUCGGAGAAUAUCUUCCUGACAUUCAGCGUCAGGCUUUGCACAGCCUGGUUCCAGUGGCGCCUGGCGUUCCUCUCCAAGGAAGGGAAGAUGAUGGGCAGUAUGAUCUUUCGGUUCUGUUUGAUUAGGUUCUCCACAUGAUCGUUGUUCCAUAAGAACAAGGCCCUUUCUGCCACCUACAAAACAGUGACAGUUUUGAGUAAAAGAUAUGUACUAUACUGGAGUCGCACCGACAGGUAAUAAUAAUCCAAUAUGUAUUACAUAUUUACAUUAAAUACGCAAAAGAGAAUUUCUGCAAAGCACCAACUAGCCCUGAUUGGUCACGAUUAGAUUUUCUGUUUCCAGUCUUACCUCAACAACAUAACUCUAAUGAUCUGACUAAGAAAUGAAAAUGUUAAUG